CCUUCCAACUCGGAGUAACACGUCCUGUCUGCCAACUCAGUUCCUCCCCACUCCCGAUCUCAUUCCAACUCCGCCAUGGCUUCGGUACACGCCACGGCUCCUCAGACCUUCACUUCCUUCACCACUGCAAAACGAGCUCCGGCGCCCUCUCAUCCGCGACCCGCCAUCAAUUUCCACGUGCCCAAGCUUCCACAGCGUUCUAUUUUCUCCAGAAAUGGGCGGAAGUCGAAUUGGGCGUUGAACUCCGCCGUGGAAGAGUUCGAUGUUAUCCCGUUGCGGAGUUCUGAUUCUACCGACCAACAGGAAGGGCUGGCGGUGGGUCGGGCGGAGAGGGAUGGCGCGGAGGGAGAACUGGGGAGUGCGGUAGGAGGAUUCGGCGAGCUCUCGUUGGGAGGCGCUGGUGAAAUUCAGGGGUUUUCUUCUUCUGCUUCUGUUGGCGAUGGCGGCGGAACAGAGAGCGGGGAAAUGGAGAGGGUUAUGAUUGAUCGGAUUAUCAAUGCCACCAUUGUUCUUGCGGCGGGUUCUUAUGCUCUCACCAAGUUGCUUACCAUCGAUCAAGAUUAUUGGCAUGGAUGGACACUUUAUGAAAUACUGAGAUACGCCCCUCAACACAACUGGAGUGCUUAUGAGGAAGCUCUUAAGACGCACCCUGUCCUUGCUAAGAUGGUGAUUAGUGGAGUGGUGUACUCUCUUGGAGAUUGGAUUGCGCAGUGUUUUGAAGGAAAACCUCUGUUUGAAUUUGAUCGCACACGCAUGUUCAGAUCAGGCCUCGUUGGCUUUUCUUUACACGGUUCCCUUUCCCACUACUACUAUCAUUUUUGUGAGGGUCUUUUUCCUUUUCAAGAUUGGUGGGUAGUUCCUGCAAAAGUAGCCUUCGAUCAAACGGCAUGGUCGGCAGUUUGGAACAGUAUUUAUUUCGUGGUAUUAGGUUUCCUGCGGCUUGAGUCCCCAGUUUCUAUAUUUAAUGAACUAAAGGCGACAUUUUGGCCUAUGCUUACUGCGGGUUGGAAACUUUGGCCAUUUGCUCAUCUCAUCACAUACGGUGUUAUUCCUGUAGAACAAAGACUCCUGUGGGUUGAUUGUGUGGAGCUUAUCUGGGUGACCAUACUCUCAACUUACUCAAACGAAAAAUCGGAGGCCAGAAUCUCUGAGGUAGCAACAGAUUCGAGUUCAGAUUCUCUUCCCACAGAUUCGACUCAGAGCUAAGCUUGCAGGAAAAAAAAACCGAGUAUAGAUCUGAAGAUGGAAACAUUUAUUGCUCAGUUUGACUCCGAGAGUGUCAAGAUACGAUCCACUCCCAGAAAUGGUAUAGUGUACACAUAUAAAUAUGAUUUCAGGUGCAAAUCUUGAUUGUCUUAUGUGUUUAUAGAUGUCACAUUACAUGUAUUCUUUUUUCGUUUGAUAGCUUUAACAUCAACUGUAUAAAAAAUAAUGAAAUAAAUAGAAUAUCCCGCUUCCUUCCA